AUGACCUCGCUUCUUCUGAGAGUGUUGUGGAGUGGGGACAACACUGAAAUUAAACCCGAUCUUCUUCAGAAAUGUAUAAGGGGUGAGACUUUAUUGAAGAAGAUCGACAUUUCCAGUCUGGAUAUUUUGAAAGGUAAUAAUACUUCUUAUAUCAUUACCAAUAUGCAACAACCUGGAAAUCAUACUGAACCACAUGUCCACCAAGACGAUCCAACAAAACGAGAGGAUCAAGACAAAUUAGAUGAGAAGUUGUUAGAACAAAUCAAUCUUCUCCAAAGUUCACUCAAUCUCAUCAAGAGAAAGAUUGGAAGUAAUUUGGCUGAAAGCUCGGAGCGACAAGAAGAACAACAGCGCGAAAUUGAUCGCCUCGACACUUUAUUGAAAGACGGGAUGCGCAAAAAUCACAUGCUCACCCACCGAAUUGCUGAUCUCGAAGGCAACAUGUCUGAUGUGAAGUGUGAGGCGUACGGAGCCCACGCCAAGAUUUCGGGUCAUGAAAAGGUUUUUGAGAAGUUGAUUGCUUUCUUCAAGGAUAUCGACCUUGAGACGGAAUAUGACAGUUACGAAUCCGCCAGUCAAAAGGCUGCUUCUGCUGGCUCAUGUCCUCGCUGUGACUAA